CGGGCCCCGUGACGGUCCCGCCCCGCCAGGCGGUAGCGGCGGGGAGCGUCUGGCUCCGCUCGGCGCGGAGGAGCGAUGGGCUCGGCGGCGGAGCUGCUGUUGCUGCCGCCGCCGUCGUCGCCGCUCGGGGAAUGCGAGCGGGAAGCGGGGGCGGCGUCCGCCCGGCACCGGCGGCGUCCGGAGGAGCAGGUCCAGCAAGAACAAAGAAACCACACCGCAGAACCUGCAAUAGAUGACUAUAAAAAGAUGGGGACUCUCUUUGGUGAACUAAACAAAAGCCUUAUCAGAAUAGGCUUCACAAGGAUGUACUUUGGAGAACGGAUAGUAGAACCUGUAAUAAUUAUAUUCUUCUGGGUUAUGCUCUGGUUUCUUGGUCUACAAGCUCUUGGACUGGUUGCUGUUCUGUGCCUUGUCAUUAUUUAUGUACAACAGUAAAAUUUUAAAGAUGCUGUUUGGAUUAUGUGUUUCCACACUGUCACUAUGUCAGUGGAUUUAUGUGUAAAUGGGAGGCAUAUCCCAAGCUGCAAUGCUUCGAAUUGCAUUUUGCUGAACUUCCAACGUUUAGGAUGUGGGGGACUAAAAUUAUGGAUUUUAAGCAAAGUCAGCAGUGCCCUACUACAUCUUUCAAGGGCAAAAAAGGAGAUGUUUGUAACAUAAUGGUGUCCAAAAUACUGUUUUCUGCACUCAUGGGGCCUUACUCCAAGGACUGGCUUUUUGUUGUUCCCCUCCUCAAUGUUCUUUCUUUGUAUAGUGAAAAUUUCCUGUCUGGUUUUAAGAGGACACUUGAUGUGAGUGUCCUCUUUCGCUGUCAGGGGGAAGGGGGCUUGUGUGCUGUUUGUUCCCUGAAUCUGCGUAAUUUGCUAGUUUUUUGCUGAAAAGCUAAAUCUGCACGAGGGAGGUUUGCUAACAAACCUACAAUGACAAAUGUUCAUGAGGUGAAUACAACUUCCCGACACAAAAGCAUCUUUUGGUUAGUAUAGUUUAUAGCAAGCUUUCCCCCAGGAAACAAGCUGUGCCAGCAAAAUGCUUUUAUACAAAUAUUAGUGACUUCACACAAGGCUGCAGCUGUUGUUUAGGAGGAGUCACAGUCCUAGAUUGGCCAAAUGGUCUAAUGUAGCUCUGCCUUGGUUUUGGAAAUGUACUUGGCUCCUGCUGCUAUUUUUCCUUUUUUGUUUUUAUAUUUGCUCUUUCCCCCAGCUCUCCUUCUGAAGAUAAAUAUUUAGAUAAUUCAUGGACUUUGUAGGUAGUUACAGCUGCAGUGUUGGAGCGUUGCCAUUCCAGAUGGCAAUGCUAGAAAAUUGUCUGCUUCCUCUGGGUCGUGUCUGAAGUGUCUGAACAACCAGAUAGGUAUCGGACCAGAUCUCUUAACGCUUCCCUAAUUUGCUGCAGCGUGGACCCAACACAAGCUAGAAGCUUUGUGUACAUAAGCAAAUCAAACCUGUUUCCUCAUGCAAGGCAAGAAUGUAGUUGAAAUCAAGCGGUCAUUUUAUCGAGUGGUCUUAACUGAUUCAUUUCCACGCUAGGCAACAAAAAUGCAUAUCUGUAGGUGCGUGUCAUGGGCAACACAAAUUGCAGGAUAGGAUAUAUACAUUCAAGAGUAGAUACAAAAUUCACUCUGGCUCCCCGGGAGCCACACCAGGGGUGUAUUGAAUAUUUCCAAGUUAAAUGUGCUCAUUUAAAGAAAAACUGUAAAAUGAGACAAAAUCUUUACUAAAGAGGCUACCAAUUUAAUAUUUGCUGUACCUUUUAUUAAGAAACGUAAUUGCAAAAUUGACUUCAUCUAUAGUGGAGUGAAAUUACACAUUUACUUAAAGAAAUGUAAUAGAAGAUGUGAAAUUUACAGAAAACUACUUAACUUUUUGCAGCGACUUUUUUCCAAAAAUGUUUUUAUACUAGCAGAGAUCAACAGUGGAUUAUUUGAAAAUGUUGUCUUAUCCAGAGACCUUUGAAGUUAAAGGGAGCUUCUGUAUGGUCCCAGUCCUGCAACUGGAUUCUCAAGGCCGAUUUUAUGCCUACAUGGAUCGUGUUGGUUGCUGGGCUCUGUUUCCAGGACCCAGGGCCCCGCUCCUUACAGACUUUCCUGUUAGUGAAAGAAGUGUUGUUUAGGGCAGUCAGCAUGAAGGCCCAGCUCCUUGAAAGUCUUUAUGUGCCUAAAUGCCACCUGUAGGCUUGUCUCGCUGCUUUUCUCUACCUUCUGAGGAGCCAGGUCGCCUCUCCAGGUGUUCAGAUGACCUUGACUGUGGACGCGAGAGGCUCCGCUGGACCGGCAGGACUGCAGGGCAGUGGGACCGAGGCCCAGCCCUGUGUUUAGAUGGCAACCCAUGUUGGUUGGCACCUAGUUAAGCAGUUACGCCGAUGGUGGGAAACGUCUGACAACAGAAGGUGUUCCUGGAUACAGGGGUUUGUUGUUCCCAGCUGGAAGUCCCAAAGCAAACAGCAGGUGCAGGCUGGGCUCAGAGGCAGGAGCUCUGUACUCACAAGUGCCUAGGGGUAAACUUUGGGUUUCUUUCAAGUCCCUUAGAAAGCAGAACAUCUGUUUACACCUUUGCAUAUUUGUAUAGAUACAAUGGUGGGUUUAUAUGUAUUCUUCUCCUGUAUAAGGGCUGUACUACAAAAGCAUCUUGUCAUUAAAAAAACCCCACACCGCCUUCCUGUCUUCCCACAAUCAAGGUACUGUUCAGAGGAUCUCAUCCAAUUCCUUUCGUCCUGUAGGAAGAAGUGUCUCUGUGAUAUCCUUGUUGCAGUAGUACUCUUGUGUACAGGCGCUGUGCUGUGAGAUGGCGUGUAGUAUUUCCUGAAGUGGUGAUUUUGCUCCGCACAUAAGGAACGGGGAAGAGCGAACCAAGGGUGUGACUGGCAAGUUCAGUGGGUACGUUGUUUAUACACAGGUAACCUUUUAGUACCUGCACAACGAUGACUGUUUCACUCAGCAAGUCAUUUCAGUUGUUCUUAUGGUGUUCAUGUUUGUAUACAUGUUUGUAUAUCUAGAGAAAGGUAGCUUUUGGACUAAAUUGUGUACAGUGAAUGUUUUUAUAUGGUUUCACUUAAGGGUAACUUAGUAGGUCUUGUCCUUCACAGAAGUUUUUCAUUUUUAAAAAUCUGAAAAAAAUAGCCCUCCUGAUGGAGUUAGGUUGCCUGAAAAUGAAGAAGAAAGACAAUGAUGUAUUGCAUGGAAGAUAACCCCUCACCUGUUUCGUUUCAUACAUUCCAUUGUAUAUAAGAAUUUGCACCAAAUCAGCUGUCCUAUAGCAUAAUUGCUAUACUAUCUCCGUGUCAUUUGCAGGAAAGGAAAGAGGAGUUAAGGAAAAAACGGGACUGGGAUAGAAUCAGACAUAAAGAGUGGAAAAUGGAAUUCAUGAAAAUGAUGCAUAUAUGUGUCCAAUCUGAUUGUGAACAUGUGGCAAGGGGGGAAUGGGUGAACAGACCUUGCAUUGUGUUCUUCUUCCAUCCAGAUGUAGUUCCAAGGCAGAGGAAGCACCACGUGUUCAAAGGAUGUCCCUUGAUAAAAAGCAGAAGGUUCAUUUAAGAAAAAAAAAAAAGACGAUUUCACUUUUGUCUGUAUAGUAAAAAUGGAUAAUGUUAUUUAUAUUGGUACAUAUGAUGAUUAUUCUUGAUAGAACUGAAAGCACCUUUAUGCAUCUGUGUGUAGGACUGUAUGAAGGAAUUGUGUCCCUUAAAUCUGUGUUAAACAACAAAUGAUGUAAUUCCUGUUGGUCAGUGUAACAUACUGAAAGCUUUUUACAUAACCUGUUUUUUAAAGGAUGGACUCUUAGUACUGUUUCACACCCACCAAAUGCAUAAAUGUUUGAGCUACUGUGUACUGAGAAGAAACUAUGUGUAGGAGAAUCUUGGAGAACCCUGUUUGCGCUGAAGAAUCAUCACAUCGAAACUGUCCAUAAAAAAGGAAAGAUCAUAUUUCUUAAAAACUCUGUGUUAAAUGAAUCCUAUGGAAAGCACUUUGUUAUUCUUUCUAAUAAAAAGUAUUGUCAUCAAUGAGAA